AUGGCCGACGUGGACUCUCAAGACGCCGCAUCAGUCCCAGCUUUAGCGGUUACAGCUGCUGUUGGUGCAGUAAUUGUCUUAAUUAUACUUGUGUGCAGUGUAGGAAGGGAAAACAAACCAAAAUCUGAAAGUGAACAAAAUGAAAAUGUUGAGAAAACCCAGAAAAAUGAAAAGACAGAAAAACAUGCAAAGAAAGGAAAAGCACAGAAAACAGUGAAGAGGUCACACAGUGUUCACUUUUCUCAUCCAUGGCUAUCAUGUAACCUGAAGGGACACAGUGGACAAGUUUUAGCCCUGGACUUCAGUCCUAAUGGCAAAUACCUCAUUACAGCUAGUGAUGAUAGAACUGUUUUGAUUUGGAGUACCAAAGAAUUUUCUCAGAAAGAACACAAGUCAAUAAGAGGAAAUGUGGAGUAUGACCAUGCAACUAGAGUUAAAUUCAGUCCAGAUUCUAAAGCAUUUGUCUGCAGUCUAGCAAAUGAAAACACAGUAAGAAUAUUCCGCAUUGGGAAAAAGGACACGGGGGGUAUUGGAAAUAUUACAUCAGCAUUUGAUUUUGAGAAGAAACAUACAGCUGAUAUUAUCUAUAUAGGGAUAGCCAGCAAUGGAAAGUUCAUAAUGACGUGUAGCAAUGAUACAACACUCAUUAUCUGGUCCAUUAAAGGAGAUGUUCUGGAUACUAUAGACACCAGGCAGAUGAAUAACUCCUAUGGAGCAGUGUCGCCUUGUGGUCGAUUUGUGGCUUCAUCAGGUUUCACUCCGGAUGUAAAAGUAUGGGAGGUCGGAUUUGACAAAGCCGGAAGCUUCACAGGAUGUAAGAGAGCGUAUGAGUUGAAAGGUCACUCAGCUGGGGUGUAUAGUUUUAGCUUCAACAGCGAUUCUAGUCGAAUGGUGUCUGUCUCAAAAGACAAAACAUGGAAGUACUGGAAUACUGACAUAAGAUAUGAAAUGGGACAGGAUCCAUACCUUUUAAAAACUGGGAGUAUAGACUUUACCUCUCCUUGCUUGAUUUCUCUGUCACCAGAUGGCAGAAGUGUUGCAAUUGCUAGUGAAAAUUCAGUUAGUGUUCAUAAUGCCAUAACUGGAGAGCAAGAAGAAAAAUUUUCUCAAGUGUUCUCAGGGGAGGUAACUGAUGUGUCGUUUGAUUUAAGCAACAAAUACAUUGUGUGUAGUGGUGAUAGGCAUGUGUCUGUAUUCAAUAACAUCACUGGGUACAGAGCCUCCAUUGAAGAACUGCAGGAAAAAGUCAAAGAUGCCCACACACAGGCCCAGAAGGAGAGAAUUCGACAGCAAAUCAACGAUGCACAGGAAGCUUUGGAUCACUUACUAGGACAGUCUAAUGGACAUGCUGGAGGCAAAAAGGAGUAGACAGAUCUCACAUCAUUUUGUGACAUUCCUAUCAGUGGAAGGGAAAUUAUUUUUCUUGACAAAGAUUGUUUAUUGGCAGCAACUUCUGAAGUGCCACUCUUUAUACUUUAAUCAAUUUAUUUGACAAUUUUUAUUAAAGACACAUUUAAAUUUC